GACCCGAGAGCCGCUGUUUCCCUGAGCGGCCAUGAGCAAGCGCAACCAGGUGUCUUACGUGCGGCCCGCCGAGCCGGCCUUCCUGGCCCGCUUCAAGGAACGGGUCAGCUACCGGGAAGGGCCCACCGUAGAGACCAAGAGAAUCCAGCCUCAGCUCCCAGAUGAAGAUGGUGAUCACAGUGACCAAGAAGAUGAACAGCCCCAAGUGGUGGUUUUAAAAAAGGGAGACCUGUCAGCUGAAGAUGUCAUGAAAAUUAAAUCAGAAAUAAAGGCUGCCAAAGCAGAUGAAGAACCAGCUUCAGCUGAUGGAAGAAUCAUGUAUCAAAAACCAGUGAAGUGUUCCCCGGAUGAAAAAUAUUCAGGUUAAACAGCAAGCUCAAAAAAGAAAAAGACAAGUGAAGAUGAAAUAAAUCAGCAGGACUCAGUUAAAAAGAACACACAAAAGCAAGUAAAAAACAGUAGCCUCCUUUCUUUUGACAGUGAAGAUGAAAAUAAAUGAGUAUAAACAUUUUGCACUUAGUUUUUAAAGCAUAUGGGAUUUUAAAAAAUAAUCUUUUUUCCCUAUUAUAAAGAUAAUACAAGUGCAUUUUUGAAAAUUUAGAAAAUACCAAAAAAAAUUUUAGUAAGAUAAAAACUAUGUCCAUCCAUUAACACCCCUUUUGACUUGAAAUGCAAACUCUGUAGAUGUUAACUAGUAUUAUUAACACUUUGUUAAUUCCUUUGUGGGGUGUGUAUAUAUGUAAGUUAUAUUUUUUAACAAAAAUUAUAUUGUGAUUGUAUUGUGCCUGUUUUCUAGUUUCUCAGUUGACAUUAUAUUGUAUUUUCUAGGUCAGUAAUAACCAGAGGAUUUUGUAAAUAAACAAAUCCCCUACUUCAUCUUUGUCUAGC